ACGCAGUUGGGGCUUUCCAUCUAUAGAGAGAGCGAGGAGCUAUAUCGAUCACAGGGUUGAGAGAGAGUCCCGGGAGAUGGCAUCGUGUUAGACUGGAAAAGGAAGAGAAGGAAGAGAGGGACAUAGGAGGAAAGUGCAAGUAUUCCGAGGAUAUCCCUGAUGGGAUGAGUGAGAAAGGGUGCCGUGAUUGACUGAAUGUCAAAUCGUGUCACUCCGAAUCCAACUGGAGAAGAGGAAGCAUUCAGCUCGAUACAAGCUGUCGGAAUGCCUGACUACAAGGCCCAGGGCCCCUACUCGUCGCCAUCCAAGGCACCCGUCUUCAGAAGAGAGAGCAAUGUGAUCGGUGAACACUUCCAAUGCCGGAGAGGCUUCUCCCGCUUGAUGAGAAUUGAGCCAGCCCAGCUUUCGAGUUGAAGGGAAGGACUGCUACUGCUCGUGCGCCUUCCCUGCAGCAGGUGGAUUGCGUAAACGCUAGCGGAGACUUCAUUCCGUCUUUGUAGUCCCUGUGUCGGCCUUGCCCAUCUCCUUUGUGGUCUGCACGGGAAACGGAAGAGCCUUCCAGGACGGGAACGUCAAAGCGAGGACCGAGAUGGGUAACAAAAAAAAAAUCUAUUUGUGUCUGUGCGUUGUUUGGUAGAGGGCCCGGAAGAUCAUGCCAUGUAUAGAAUAGAAGUUGGAAGCACUCAACCCUUGGCACUUGGGAAGCCGUCGGCAACUGGUGACGCUGACGAGCCUGACGCGAGUCAAGGAAUAUGCGGGCUUAUCUUGACUGCCAUGUCCUUUCUUCUAGUCGUCUGCACAUUCCCAUUUUCACUCUGCGUCUGUCUCAAGGUGGUUCAGGAAUAUGAGAGGGCUGUCAUAUUUCGCCUCGGUCGGCUCAUGUCUGGCGGUGCGAAGGGACCAGGAAUCUUCUUCAUUCUCCCGUGCGUGGACAGUUACACGAAGGUGGACCUCCGCACAGCCGUGUUCGAUGUUCCUCCUCAGGAAAUAUUGACGAAGGACAGCGUGACGGUGAGCGUGGAUGCAGUGGUGUUCUACCGAAUAUCCAAUGCUACUGUCUCAGUGGCCAACGUGGAAAAUGCCCAUCAUUCCACUCGACUUCUGGCUCAAACCUCACUCCGGAACGUUCUUGGGACGAGGAAUCUUCAUGAGAUCCUCAGCGAACGAGAAACCAUCUCUGGGACCAUGCAAACUAAUCUGGACGAGGCCACGGACAGCUGGGGUAUCAAAGUCGAACGAGUGGAAAUCAAGGACGUGAGGCUGCCGGUUCAGCUGCAGCGAGCAAUGGCCGCAGAGGCGGAGGCUGCCAGAGAAGCAAGGGCAAAGGUCAUUGCCGCCGAAGGAGAGCAGAAGGCAUCCAGAGCCCUGAAGGAUGCGGCCGAUGUCAUCGCCGAAUCCCCUGCUGCUCUUCAGCUCCGGUACUUGCAGUCACUGCAAUCCAUCAGUGUGGAGAAGAAUUCCACGAUAAUAUUCCCGCUACCCAUUGACUUCCUCGCGCACUUUAUGAAACACAAGUAGAGGUCGAAAGAACGGUUCAAAGAAACCAAAGAAGUUGCACAGAUGCACUUUUAAGACGAUCUCUCCUUUUCUGAAUGAUCGGCGAUGGCAUGCCGUCUGUUUCCAACUGAUCUCACUUCCCUUUCAUUCUGUCCCUUGCAAGCACUAUUACAAUCACUUCAUUUUUUUUUGUCUCAUUUCUCAAUAAAUUUCCUGCGUGUAUCAAUAGCUUCUCCACUUGCACAGUGAUUUUUUCCCCAUACAAUAAAGCUGGAAAAAGAAACCCCACGUAGUUCCCUUGCAAACGUGCAUUUCAUUGGCACGAAAAUAAUCCUUUCGUAAAUCGUACUUGUUCAGGGAUAAACAAGUGGAGAAGCUACGAGGUACGAUGAGUGAUGUGAGAGAAUGAAUUUCUGUCAUUAUCUUUUUCCAGACCCUAAACGCCAUUUCCGCAGAGAAGAAUUCCACCAUUUUGUUUCCACUCCCCAUCGACUUUUUGUCGCACUUCAUUCAUAGAUAAAUUUCCCAAAGAAUGAGCUAUUUGUUGUGCGAAACCCCCUUUCACGCACCAAGAACCCUCGAGUGCAUCAUGGUGUCAUGCCGCAUGUGUUCUGCAUUGCUUCGUUGUUUCGGGAGGCUUAUAGAGUCCUGGAAUUUUAUUCACUUGUGUGCCAUUUUUCCCGGUUGGUUCUGUCAGCUGAAUCUGUUUCGUCUUACCACACCCUUUCCUUUGCCACCAGCUUCAUGUGAAUGAAUGACCACUCAAACUUCCUGUAAAGGAGAGUCAACGCUUACACAACAGGAACAUCUUGUGACCCUGAGUCCGAAAAUAGCUUUUGCACGCAUCUUUUUCUAUCGCAGUCAAUUCAUACAAGUGGGCCUCGGAAAUACGCGAUGUCUAGAUCGAGAGUCAAUCCCGUGAAUGUGUCAGUACUCUGGGCACAGAAUUCGGCUGUCUUGAUGGACUAAGAACACUGCCUCGGCGAAAGUUCCCCCCCCCCCUCUCAUAAUGCAUCCGAGUCACCUACCCGGGGAAGGCGAGUUCUCAACCCCAAAACAAAGUUCUACUGAAUGUCAGUCCUCCAUAAAUAGAAAAACACAUGGAAACCCUUGUUGUAUUAAAGUCAGUCCAAUUGGGGCAGCAUGCAUAUUUCAUUCAUCGGCAUCGUACCAGAUGUCACACAAUACUUGUCAUUCUCUUCAGAGCUGAAACCGUGGACAUUUUUUUUUGUUGCAAAGUUUCACUCCCAAUUAACCAUACUCAUCGGGAAGUUCUUGAUUGUGGGUGAUCCAAGGGGGCUGGUGUAUUGAACUGGAGACACCCCCGUUGAGUCGGUGUUUGGGGGACGACUUUCCUGGGACAAUUAGAGCGGAGCUCCCCAUGAUACCGAGUCCAAAUCCUCAAAGCGUCUGUUCAAAUGUUAAGUCACCCAGCUUUCGCUUUGCAGAAAAUGAGCGACCUGCUCUUUUGUCCAUCCCAUCAUAACAAGCAAUGGGUCUUGCAGUGGCUAUUCUAUGUUGUUUUACUCAAAGAGGCUAGCUACCAUUCGAAAUCACAGGCCAUCUUAGAUCACCUGCUAUCAAAUCAUUGCAAUUAUUACUGUGCAUGCAAUGUCACAAAAAAAAUACAACGGCUGUAAUAAAAAAAAAUUACGACCGUAGGGGGG